UCCGGAAGUCCCGCCUUUCUCCCGGAAGUAGCGUUAGUUGUUGCGGGUGUGAUGGCUUCAAGGUUACUACGCGGAGCUGGGGCUCUGGCCGCGCAGGCCCUCAGGGCCCGCGGCUCCAGGGUAGCGGCUGCCGUCCGCUCCAUGGCUUCUGGAGGUGGUAUCCCCACUGAUGAUGAGCAGGCGACUGGCCUGGAAAGGGAGAUCAUGCUGGCUGCCCGGAAGGGACUGGACCCUUACAAUAUACUACCCCCAAAGGGUGCUUCAGGCACCAAGGAAGACCCUAACUUAGUCCCGUCCAUCACCAACAAGAGAAUAGUGGGCUGCAUCUGUGAAGAGGACAAUAGUGCUGUCAUUUGGUUCUGGCUGCACAAAGGCGAGGCUCAACGGUGCCCCAGCUGUGGAACCCAUUACAAGUUGGUGCCCCACCAGCUCGCCCACUGAGCCCCUGCACGGACUCACUUGGAAUGUGCUGUGAAGUCUUUUCCAAUAAAGACCAGCUGGGCAUUCGCUCCUCCCAUUAA